AUCAAAAUUUAGACAUUUCUUGCGAAGCAAAGUUCAUGUUGCUUCGUUGCUUGUCAUGUCAAAGGUACAUAACCUUUUUCAGUUUUGUAAAUAAUGUUAUAAAAUGUGAUGAGGUGUUCGAAAAAACGUUCCUAUAAUAAUGUACAAGUAUAUAUUUGUCAAUUUAAGACUAAUUUAAGGUACUUAAAGGCUAUUCAACAUGGCUGUGAGAAGUUGGAUGAUCAGACAUCAAAUUCAAAACAUAAGAUCCGGCAGAUAUAAUAGGUCAAUAAAGCAAAAUAAACAGGAAGAUGUGCUGGUGUUAUUACAGGAUCUUAGUCCAUAUGAAAGUUUUACAAACCUCUUGGAAAAAAUAUGUGAAAAAGGUGUGGAAGAGACGAUAUUAUUCAACUAUUUGAAUGCCUUUGUCAAAUUAACCCUCAAACAUGAAGACAAUUUAGAUAAAAUUGGUUAUCGAAUAGAAGACUUGUUAUGCUGCCUUAGAAUUACUCUGAUACAUGAAUCGGCUCAAAUUAGGUCGGCUGGUCUACGAUGUAUACGACACUUGCUUAAAACAGAAAAUGAUAUUGUACAUUUGAAUAAGUUAUUAAUACCAUAUUUAUUAACUAGAUCUUUAGAUAUUAUAUUAAGAAAUGAUGUAGAAAGAAUAGAGGCUAUGAAAUUGAUAAGGAAGUCUCUUAUUAUAGCACCCUCCAAAUUUGACAUGUCCUUAGCUCGAUGUUUGGUAUCUUUGGCCUACGAAGGUACUGAAGCAAAAGAUAGAAUGCUUAGAAUUUGUUUGGCCACAUUGUCGGAACUUGGCAUCCUCAACACCAAACUGUUCAUUAUAUCAGGUGGAAUAACGGCUAUAUCUAGAAAUUUGCUGGAAUGUCAGACACCUAAAAUAGCCGAGUCUCUUUGCGGGGUUCUGUUAUUAUUGUUGGAUAAGCCGUCUACUAGACGUUAUGCAGCUGUCGAUCUGCAUUGUGCUGCUGCCCCCUUUUGUGAUUUUCAUUACAAACACGGAGCUAAAGAUAAAAAUAAGAGAGACGAACGAGAAUUGAGAUUGAAUUGUGGUAGACUAGCCUUACUGAGUAUUUUGAGGAGUUGGUCAGGUAUUUUACAUUUCUGUAGUCCGAAUGACAAAGGGGGUUUCAGAGCUAUUGUCGAGGUGUUGUAUUUACAACAACUAGAAGUAAGAAAAUCAGUAUUAGACUUACUCUAUGAACUGCUGGGUUUACCUCAACCUGAAUGGUCCGAUGAAUUAUCGGUAGCUUUGAGUGCUGUAGAUCCUUGUGAACCACAAGCAUCUUGGAGGCUGAAUGAAGGAUUUGUUGUAGCGGAAGGUAGAUCUGUGCUUCCACACUUAGCUAAGACUACUCCAAGCACAACAGACAUGCAUUUGGCGCUACUGUUGUAUUGUUUUUUGGAAAAUGGUCUUUUGGCAGCUUUGACAGAAGUUAUCGCUACUAGCGAUACUUUUAUAAGCGUUAGGGCUUCUGUUCUAUUAGGAGAGCUUCUAAGACUUAUCCAAGUAUUACUUCCACCUGGUUGUUGUAAUGUGUCCCCUUCUCUUCCAACUUUAUUAGAGUAUGCAACAAAAAGUAAACCUCAAGCUAUAGCUGCAGUUACCGCUCUCGAACAACUACAUAUGUUAAUGAAAAGGAGGCCAGCUUCAUACAGUUUGCACCUAGAUUAUAUCAUAAGAAAUAGUUACCACAAGAGAAUGGAACACAAACAGGUCAAAGCUGCGAGACACAAAAACACCAGUGGCUUCCAAAAAAAAAUUCAUCAGUUGGUAUUGAAAGAUGAUGAUGAUGCAAUAAAAGAAACAGGGGUACUAGUGAGUAAUGAUCCAUACACGUGGGACUGGAAUUUAAUUAAUAUUAUACUGAAAGGGGAAAAUCAGGCAAAAAUUGACUUCUUCGAUACUUCACAUCGUACCUUUGUGAAAAAAUUAUUGGAAUUUUUCAUGCCAUCAAAAAAUAAAUACUCUCAUAUGGAUCUCGGUCCGUCAAAAUCAUCCAUCAUCUAUACAACUACAGGCAUAGAGUUGAUAAAUUUUUUAAUUGAACUCAAAGAACCCGACUACAAUGGAGUGAAACCUCAAAAUAUGAUAAUGGAUUUAUUUAAGGACAUAUUGAAUAAUAUCAAUGCCAUUACAGAGAGCAGAAAUGUUCACGACUGCCUGUUCAGUCCACAGCAUAUGGUUAAUACCCAAUGUCAAAGUUACUUUUUAUUCAUCGGACAAUUUUCUAGGACCGAUCUGGGACUUAAAAUUCUGGAAAAUAUAAACAUGUUCAAAAAAUUAAAAGAGUUGGCAACAACAACAAACCACGAUUGUUACGUGAAGCUCAUAAUAUCUUCGUUAGAGUAUAUCUUUCCAGGACCGUGUCGCGAGAUACUGGAAUCUGUCCUAACCUGUGGCUGGGAAAGCUCGCGAUUAUACGCUACCCAGUUUCUCCAUAUUUUAUUGAGAGCAGGAAAUCCUUUCUUUUCUUCAUGGGCGAUACAGUUGCUUGUCAAUCAAUUGGCUGACAAAUCAAGAUCUGUUUAUCUUUCUGCAUUGAAUACGUUGCAUGAAGCCUGUGAGCUACCCGAUUGCUUGGAUGUGCUGAUAAAUAUUAACCCAAAGUUAGAAAAUCUUGGAGAAAAAGGAACGUUGCUCUUCGUUAGGUUUCUAUCCGUUGAAGCUGGCUUCAAAAAAAUAACCACUGAAAAAGCAACAGAAGAACUCAAAAAAUGGGAUGAUUACUUUAUAUAUCGAUAUGUUAAACUUGUAGAGGGUGACAUUUCAGAUGCUCUCACAUUGCAUCAAAGAAAUGAAGAUGGAAAAUAUGACAAACGAUCAAGCUCAUUAAGGAAUUCCAAUAGAAGGGAUGUUUUUCUGCCACCCCACCUGUAUGGACAACUGAGUCAGCAUUCUCAUGGGUUUGAACUUCUUUUAAAUAAGGGACAAACAGAAAAAAUGAUUGAGAUUGUUCGAAAAGCUAGAUAUAAUACAGAUGAAAAUAUUAUCGAACUUAAAGCUUCAGUGUGGUCCCUCGGACACAUGGGCAGUUCGAACAGAGGCUAUGAUUACUUAACCUCCUUUGGUGUAAUUGAUAAUAUUGUGUUACUGGCAACCAAAUCGCCAGUGUAUUCCAUACGAGCAACAGCUUUCUAUGCUAUGGGUCUGCUGGGAACUACUCCUUUAGGGGCUGAUGAUUUAAGCAGAAAAGGUUGGCUAUGUACUAGACAUGAUAGGCAUGAUAACUGGCCCAUCAUACGAGAAGAUAUUUCCGAGGGACAGUAUGGAAAUAUCUCCAGUAGGUCAACUCUAGAAGAUAUAAUAUCUCUUGAUAACCCCUUCACAGGGGAGUUUGAGAACGUUGAUGAUGACGACGAUGAUGGUGAUGAUGAAAUUGACUUGAGAGAGAGGCAAGAUUUCAUAAGGUCCCCCUGUUCUCCAGAGUUACAUAGAAUGAGACAAUUGACACUGCCUUCAAAUAAAAGACCUCCGAUUGUGUUCCAUAAACGAUCUUUUUCUGAAUCGAAAACAUUUGAUGGUAACAAUGGAUUCGAGGAAGAAAACAAAUCGGGUUUAAUUCCUGGAACGUUCGGGAGAUAUAGAAAUAAUUCCAUGACAGAAUCUACUACUUCUGGAGUCAGUUCUUGUGAUUCGUUGCCCAAUAAGCAUGGUACAAGUGGUAAUUAUUUGAAAACUUUGAGCCCGAUUCCUAGUUCUUCAAGUUUAAGUACUUUACAGUUACCGUCUACCCAAUUCAGACGGGUGUCUUAUCGAAUAUCAUCUACCAGUACUACAAAUUCUGAUAUAUCUACAUCCUCAUUAACGGGAAGUGCUACUAAUGAACUCAGUAUUCAAAAUCUUGUUGGUUAUAAUACUCUAAAACUGUUAAGAAGAAUGGAGAGAUUGAAUUUUGGCAGACUGAAUUUUGAAGACUAUUAUUUAUUCAAUACCACCCCUCAUCUCAG